AUGAACCUCACCGCCUUACUAUCCGUCCUCUCACUCCCCGUUUCCCUCUUCAAGACGACGUGCCCGACAGAAAUCCACGCCACGAUACCCCAUCAAGAUCGGGUCUUCAUCGAGAGACGAUCGAAAAGCAUACACCAGAUCCAUUCCCUCCUCGGAAAAUGCCCCAACAUCACGACCCUCGAUCUGAGAUUCGCCUUCAUCGGCUGCAUCGCCUUUCCGGAGCGUUGGAGUCUGCCGAUUGACCCUGCCGGCGGCACGAAGUACCGUUCCGCUAUCCAGUCCCUCUCACUUGACGGCUACAACUUCGACUCCGACUUUAAACACAUCAGACUCAACAGAUGGGAGGACACGUAUGACUGGAUUACGUCAGGAAACGCCUGGAAGUCUCUCAAAUGGAGCCUGAUUCCGAAGGAGCAGAGGUCAAAGACCAACCUCGAGUUAUGGAUCGAGGCUAUGGACUUCUCGCAGCUCCGGACGCUGUCUAUCAGGCGGUAUUCGCCGCUCUACGUGCCGGGUGAUCUACUUGCUCAAGUCCUGUCUCCUAAACUACAGCGCCUGCGAUCUUUGAAGAUAGAAGGGCCUGAGUUGCGUGAUUUCCUACUGGCAUUGCCUGCUGGGUCUCUCAGCAGCCUGUCUUGGAUAGACUCUGCACAGCCCAAAGACCAAAUCAGAUCCGUUUUGGAACACCACGGAGCAAGCUUGACGGAGCUCGAAUGGAGAACCUCUGAGACUCUUUCUCGCCCACUUACUCUCCUCCCUGACUCAAUAGUUGAAGAUCUCAAGGCUGUUACACCAAAUCUGCAAUCUUUAAGCAUCGACCUCAACCGCGACAACGACAGCUGGCCCCUCGAAAAAAUGAAGACCGUGGUCAACGGCAUGCCUGAUACCCUUAAGAACCUCAGCAUCUACUUUGAGAUGGCGAGCGAGUCACGUCGUCAGAAGGAUCCGUUUAACUGGGAUGGGAGAUACGACACCAUUGAAAACUUUGCGCUGCCGCUGCUCAACUCGACAAGUGCACGUGAGAUGGCUUCCUUUUUGCGAAAUCACGGCGCAGAGUCUUUGGAGGAGGUCAAUUUCUUCGCGGGGGACUGGACGCAGGACUAUGGGGAGCCUCUGCAGAUGACUGACUGGCUUCAUCAGAGGCGGGCGUGGAUGAACUGCAAGAUGCCCACGGGUGAUGGGGAGAUUAAUUGUCAGGGGAGGGAUACCUGGGUACCUGUGAAGAGUAUGCCUGCAGCAUAUUCGCUGGACGGUUCCAUUUGA